AUGACUGAACCUAUAGAUAAGCGAUUUAUAGACCCCAAAUGGAAGUAUGUAUCAGCAUCGACAAAGGAGAAACCCAAUGUAUCGCAAUACUGUCCCAUGCAGCCUUAUCUCUCCCUGACUUUGCCCACCUCUAAUAUCCCAAACACAGCUGUUCGAGUCUGUUGUCUUCAAAUUGCCACGGUCUCGCACGACCAAGGAUACAGUGGCCACCCUGGUCAGCACGGCACAUACGGAGGUUCUCACACGUACUUCGAUGUUCGAAUCAAGGAGCCGAGUGGCCAGGACCGUAUGAGGCACCGCGCCAUAAUACACAAUAUUCACGCACUCUACCGGCCCACAAGACAUGUCAAAUAUUGGAUUCAAGAGUCGGAGCAAGACGACCCUCCUGCUGAUACCAAUAGUCCGGCUAAGGAUGGGGCUUGGCUUGCCGAGAUGCAGGGUGGAGAUACAGUGCAGAUCAUCCCCAUGGCCGAAUAUCCGGCCUGGAUUAACUUCGUGCUCGGAGCACGCAUCGAGGUCUGGUACGAGGUUGUCGAAAGGGUUGCCCUGAUACGGGGUAUCACUCAUUCCACAACCGGCUUCUCACUGUAUCGUCAGCUCGACAACGCAAGGAAGGAGAUACGGCUUGUGACCAUCGAGCCAUCGCCAGACCUCGAGAACAGCGUCUUGGAACUAUCCCUAACCCAUACCUACCUCACAAGCGAAGACCAUGUCCCCUACGAAGCGCUUUCGUACUGCUGGGGCGACGACCGCCACAAACGCCCCAUCCUCCUCAAGGGAUCAGACGAAGAUCUCGACCCGGAAGCUCAACCGGAGGCUCAGACCUUCGUCAGCAAGAGCCUGUACCUCGCCCUAAAAGCGCUGCGAAGAGCAAGCACCCCGCGCACCUUCUGGAUCGACCAGCUCUGCAUCAACCAGACGGAGCUCGAAGAGCGCGCCGAGCAGGUCUCGCUCAUGGGCGACAUCUACACGAGCGCCCAGAACAUCCGCAUCUGGCUCGGCGAGCUUGAGGACGACGUGAAAGAAGACUUCGCCAUCCUGAAAAGCAUCUACGACGCCUACGCCCAGGGCAAAAAGCUCAGCGAUGACGCGGGGCCCGAGCAGAUCUCGCUGACGCCGCAGAUAUCGCACAAGCUCAUCACGUCGGACGGCAACGUGCACAUGUCGCACGACCGGGUGUUCCACCGGCCUUGGUUCGAGCGCGUCUGGGUGCUGCAAGAAGUAUGGAACACACCUCGCCAGUGCACCGCGGCGGAGCUGUCGCAGCGCGCAACCGUGCUGUGCGGCGCCGUCGAGCUGCCGUGGUCCGUCGUCAUGCGCGCGAACCAGUGCAUCCAGUCGAACAACGGCAGCAGCUACAACUCGUCGAUGCCCGCCAUCUGGGGGACCCUGUUCCACCCGCCCGACCGCAUGGCGUACCACCACCAAAACCACUUCCACGCUCCGUUCAAGCCCCGCGCCCGCCUCGACGUCCUGACCGUCCUCGUCGCCGCGCUCGAGAUGCGCGCGACGGACCCGCGCGACAAGUUCUUCGCGCUGCUCGCGUUCGGCGAGGAGACGCACGCGGUCCGCGAGCUGCCCGACCUCGUGCGCCCGGACUACGCCAAGAGCGUGCGCCGCGUGUACGCCGACUUCACGCGCUGGUGGAUCCGGCACCAUCGGUCCCUGGGAGUCCUGUCGGCCGUGCACACGCUGACGGGGCGCACGUGGCUGGAUAUGUGGAAGGGGCAUGAUCCGCACGGGCGAGAUUUUAGCGUUAACGUUGGGGAGGUGGAUGAACAGCAGCCGCCGCCGCCGUCGUGGAGCUUCUGGUGCGAUGGCCGCAGCGAGUGGCGCCGCGCGACGCUCGGCACUAGCGACCACGACGACGAGUACAAUGCGAGCGGUGGGCGGGAGGUUGAUCUCGAGCUCGUCGACGCCGCCUCCCUCACCGAAUCCCCCUACACCCUCUCCCUCCGCGGCGUCCGCCUCGGCACCAUCCGCUCCAAGCGGCCCUACCCCUUCCACCGGCGCCCCGUCCUCUCCGAGGCCAUGCACCUCGCGUACGCCAGGAUCUUCGACCCGGCGAGCACGAUCGGCACGUGGGGGCACGCGAAGCUGCUCACGCACCUGCCCGUCAUGGACCACGGGCAGCUGCCGUACCACUACUUCUCGCACUGGCGCAACGCGUCGCGGUACGCGCUGGAUGAGACCUCGGGCUUGGUAGGUGAGGAGGAGGAUGAGGAUACGCCGGAUUAUCUGCCGUGUCAUGGGGAGUGCAUGUUUGACACCGAGACGCAUGUGGGACUGUGUCCGAGCGGGUCGCGGGUCGGCGAUGUGGUGGUGGUGUUGUUUGGUGGGAGAGUGCCGUAUCUGUUAAGGCCGGCGGGCGAGGAGGGGAAGGGAGAGUAUAGGUUGGUGGGGGAGUGCUAUGUUGAGGGGGUUAUGCAGGGUGAGGGGUUUGAGGAGAGGGUCGCUGGGCAUGAGGAGGUUUUCACGUUGAUAUGAUCUUAGGGGGUUGGGCUGGGAGAGAGAACUGAUUGUUGGACAACGUUCCGGGCUAUUUGGAGCGGGUAAUGAAUGCUAUGACCUAUGUUCGCCGUAGUACUCUCACCUUGGGAGUUACGUUUCUAAUUUUAGAUUUUAAUCACAUAGAUAGAAAUGAAGCCAUGUUUACCUCCGUA